ACUAGUUUUUUCACUUCCUUCAAAUAUCAGUGCUCUCUUUUUUCGCUCUUAUUUUGUUGGCUUUACGUUUCUAUUUUCAACAUUCUCAUUUAUUUUCCUUCAAAUCUCUCCUUCGCUCACCCUUCUAUCAAAGCUUCUCUCAUUCUUUCGAACUCUGCUAUUCUCACAGAAGAUAAUUAAGAAAAAGAAGGAAGUCAAAUACAAAUGAAGGUCUGCUUCCUAUGUUGGGUUCUGUUUUGUUACCUUUAUUAGAAGGUUGUUUUGAAGUUGGAUUUGCAUGAUGACAGAGCCAAGCAAAAGGCUUUAAAGACGGUCUCAACUCUUUCAGGAAUUGAUUCCAUUGCCAUGGAUAUGAAGGCAAAGCAGUUGACAGUGAUUGGAACAGUUGAUCCAGUAAACGUGGUGAGCAAAUUACGCAAGUACUGGCCAACUGACAUAGUAUCAGUGGGGCCAGCAAAAGAGCCAGAGAAGAAGGAGCCAAAGAAGGAAGAACCCAAGAAAGAGGAGGAGCCAAAGAAAGAAGAACCCAAGAAGGAAGAAGAGCAGAAGAAAGAAGAGCCUAAGAAGGAAGAACCAAAAAAGGAAGAACCCAAGAAAGAGGAAGAGAAGAAGAAGGAAGAGGAGAAAAAGCCACUGCCAUUGCCACCCCCAGACCCUGUUUUGGAGCUUGUCAAGGCCUACAAGGCCUACAAUCCUCAUAUGACCACUUACUACUACGUUCAAAGCAUGGAAGAGAAUCCCAAUGCUUGUGUUAUUUGUUAACCAAGGCUUUCGGGGAAAAUGGCGAGGGAAAGAUAACUUUCUCUAAUUGGUGAUGGAUUUGAAUGUCAUCAAUGAGACUAGGAGGUAAACCAAAGAAGACAACUCCUUUGUACAUUAAUCCUUUUUUUUUUUCAUGUAUAAGUAAUGUGUUGUGCUUUCCUUGAAAAACAAAAGUAAUGUGUUGUGUAGAGACUAGAGUGAAUAAACGAAAUUUUGGAAUUUGUUUUGAACCCAUCAA